ACGACGCGACAGCGCAAAUCGCGGGCAGACACGCGGCUUCUACUGUACAUCCUCCUUGUAUCAUUCUUGCACCGCUACGUCGCAAUCAUGAUCGCAGCUUAAUAACCGAUUAAAAAAAAAGCAACACUGCAACGUGUGCAUCAGGACAUCAUUUGGGACAAAAUCGUAAAAGUAUGAAGUGCCUAUUGACGAUCGUCGUUUUCGUGGCUGUUGCCUCGUCCAUUAAGGCAGAAACAUUUAGAGUCACUGAUCAAAUAUACUUCGAUAUCAUGAUUGAUAAUCAUCCAGUUGGUAGGAUUGUUAUUGGUUUGUUCGGCGACAUUGCGCCUAAAACGGUGAAAAACUUUAUCACUUUUGCUUCCACUGGUGUAGCUGGAAAGAAAUACACAGGGACCAAAUUUCAUCGCGUGGUAAAGAAAUUCAUGAUUCAAGGUGGCGACGUCGAAAAUGGCGAUGGUACUGGUUCCAUUAGUAUUUACGGAAAAUAUUUCGAUGAUGAAACAUUCGAGGUGAAACAUAGCGGAUCAUUGUUCGUCAGCAUGGCAAACGCUGGAAAGAACACGAACGGUUGUCAAUUUUUCAUCACUACUGUAGCAACUCCUUGGCUAGACGAUCAUCAUACUGCAUUUGGAAAAGUGGUUAGCGGGGAAGCUGUGGUUUUCAAGAUCGAACAGACCAAAACAGAUAGCGAUGACAUUCCACUCGUGCCUGUAAUAAUCUACGAUAGUGGAAUUCUUCCGACGGAGCCAUUUACUAUAUCAGAUAAUCCUUACGAUGCAUGGGCGUGGAUUAAGGCGACCUGCGUACCGUUGGGAUUUAGCUUCUCGAUACUCGCGGUCUUCCAUUACAUGAUGAAACAGUUGAAUGUCUGAAUGAUAAUUUUGACAUGAAAGACUGACUUUAAAUAAUAAAUUUACGCCUUUACUCGAUCUACAAAUUUCAUAUUUAUUUAUAUAUAUAGUACAGUACAUAAUUGUACAUUACUUAUGUAUCAUUCUUAUAAGAGAGUUACGCGUAUAGAGGUGACACAAAGUUAUAGUAUGGUUUACUUCUUGGAUAACACGAGAAGAAAGGAACAUCAAGCGCCAUCUUUGUAAAGAUCGUGACAUUAUUAUUUAAAAAUUACUUCGUCUACUUUAUGUAAUAUAUUAAUAAAACGAGAAUAAUAUAUAUAA